AAUAAUACUUCAACAUCGAGAUUUGAGAGUGGUGCGUGGACUCAGCGGAGCUGUGCACUGCACCGAGCCACCGACCCUCAAUACUGGGCCAGUGGAGACUUCAAAUUUAUAAAAUCUCGAAUUAAACGUCGCCGAUUCAGUUUUAUUCUCACUGCCUAGUGCCUUGCCUAUUGCCCCAUCUAAACGCUAACCAGGCGCACACAGUCUCUCUCUCUGCUAACAGAUUGCAAGAUCCACACCACAGUGUUCUCUCAGAUGUCUGCUGACAUGGAGAACCCUAAAGCUGAAGAGGAACAGAAAGGUACAGGAUCCGACUCUCCUGCUAAUGAAACCCUGGCAACCUGGUAUAGUGGCUUACUCAAGCAAACAUCCAUCUAUGGCAUAGCUGCUGGAUAUUGCAUCUCAGCAUCCCUGCUCUCCAUCAUCAACAAGUGGGCCAUCAUGAAAUUCCCUUAUCCUGGGGCACUAACUGCAUUGCAGUAUUUCACUAGCGCUGCGGGUGUACUUGUCUGUGGGUGGUGCAAGGUUUUAGAGCAUGAUUCGCUCGACCUUUUGACCAUGUGGCGGUUCCUACCUGCAGCCAUUAUGUUCUACCUGUCACUCUUUACAAACAGUGAGCUCUUAUUGCAUGCUAAUGUUGAUACCUUCAUUGUCUUCCGUUCGUUAGUCCCCAUCUUUGUUGCAAUAGGAGAGACCUUGUUCCUACACCAGCCAUGGCCAUCAUUGAAGACAUGGUUGUCUCUUUCUACCAUCUUUGGUGGAAGUGUGCUAUAUGUGCUAACAGAUUAUCAGUUUACAGUUAUGGCUUACAGCUGGGCUCUAGCUUACUUGGUAAGCAUGACUAUAGAUUUUGUCUACAUCAAGCAUGUUGUUAUGACCAUUGGUUUAAAUACAUGGGGUCUCGUGGUGUACAACAAUCUUGAGGCCCUCCUACUCUUUCCGCUAGAAUUGCUUAUAAUGGGGGAGCUUAAGAAGAUAAAGCAUGAAAUUUCAGAUGAGUCGGAUUGGCACUCAUUUGCGGUGGUUUUGCCAGUUGGUUUGUCUUGUUUGUUUGGUUUAGCCAUCUCUUUCUUUGGGUUUUCUUGCCGGAGAGCAAUCUCUGCUACAGGAUAUACAGUUCUUGGUGUGGUGAACAAGUUGUUGACAGUUGUAAUCAAUCUGGUUAUUUGGGACAAGCAUUCAACAUUCGUUGGGACAGUGGGACUUCUUAUUUGUAUGCUAGGUGGCAUCAUGUAUCAACAGUCCACAAGCAAGCCUAAGGCUGUGCCUGAAGUAAAAGCAGAGCAAACCGAUGAAGAACAACAGAAGCUACUAGAAAUGCAAAGCAACAUAGAAAGCAACAAUAAUGAGAAGGAAGUUACCCAGUCAAAUCAGGGGAAAUGAGGUAGAUUUUUCCUGUAUUGACUUCUGGUUAAAUAUCCGGGUGAAGUUUUUCCGAUUAGUAAAUUGUUCGGAUGGCAAAUUCUCAUCUUAGCAAUCUCGAUGGUUUGUGCCUGAACAAAAUGUUUCUAGUUGGAUAUUGGGCUUCACCGAAAUUACUUCUUGAUGCAGCAGAAUUUAACCUGGAAAAACAAAUUAGGUGGAUUGCUACAUUCUUGUUACCAGUUAUCUGAAUAGUCACAGCAGUAAUAUUCUGAAGUCCAAGUUCCUGCUGCUUCUGGCUGAAUGCAUCCAAUGAAGCCGGCUAGGUUAUAUUGAUUGUAGUAUCUUUUGGGUUACAGAACAUGAAUUUCUUUUUUACUCCAUUCUUUUGCAAAUGUUAGUACUUUUGUCAAAGGUAGAACUUCAUUCAAAGCCAGACCCUAGCAUCUGCCUCCAGCAUUAUGAUCGGCGGGGUUUUGGUCAUUGCCUGUAUUUCUUGUUUUUUUUCGUAGCCCACAACCUGUAUUUCUUAAAAACAACAAUUAGUUGAAUCAUUUUACUCCCUUCUUCCUUCU